UUCAAACUACUUUUGUAUGUGCGUGUGCAGAAAAAAAUCAAAAACCAGUCCUCACGCACUUGGCUUUAGGUGGCCCUUCAUACUACAUUUCCCACAUUCCCCUGCGGGACAGUAGCGUGUGUUUUGAGACAUUGUGAGAUGUUUUCGCAAGGUUGCAUCUCGCGAACACGCUGGCGCGCCGUCUAGAGCAGUAUCCCAGGACAAGUUGUCCCAGGACAGAAUGCCAUGGCGGUGACUGCAGCACGUCGCUCGAGUCUUGGUGAUCUCGGUUUCUGGGCAGACCGGACUGCUCUGCAUGAGGCAGCGUCUCAUGGUAGAGCUCUGCAGCUGAAGCAGCUCUUAGAAGGUGGGGCCUCUGUUAACGUAGUGACUGUGGACAACAUCACUCCAUUGCAUGAAGCCUGCAUACAAGCUCACCCAAACUGUGCCAGACUGCUGCUGCAGGCUGGAGCUCAGGUAGAUGUACGAACCAUUCAUGGCAGCACUCCUCUUUGUAACGCUUGUGCAUCUGGUAGCUUAGAGUGUGCAAAGAUGCUGUUAGAAUACGGAGCCAAAGUCAACCCAUCUCUUACAGCCCUUACUGCAUCACCUCUCCAUGAAGCCUGCAUACAAGGUAGUGUUGAAUUGGUGAGGUUGAUGAUAGCCAGCGGUGCCAAGCUGGAGGCCUUUGAUGUCCACUUCGGCCCACCGCUUCACAUAGCAUGUGCUAAGGGACAUUUGGAUUGUGUCAAGGAGCUUCUAAUGGCUGGUGCUAAUGUGAACUCAGUGAAGUUCCACGAGACUGCUUUGCACCACGCAGCUCGAGUCGACGUGGUUGAUAUGAUUGAGCUGUUGGUUGAAUUCGGAGCUAACGUGUAUGCCAGCGACAACCUUGGAAAAAAGCCUGCAGACUACACAACACCUGAGUCUCCCUCUCACUCCUACCUUCAGUUCUAUGAAAAAAAUUCUUUGAGCCUUCAGCAGCUUUGCAGGAUUUCUGUGAGGACGAUGCUGGGCACCCGAGCAUCAGAGGCCAUAGGCCAGCUAAAUCUGUCCUAUCGUAUUCACAACUACCUCCAGUUCCAUCAUCAGCCCACCAUACAGCUGACUCAGGAAUCAACUGGGGUUUUAAAGAAGAGAAAAAAAUAUUUCUAAAAUCUUAAUAUAAACCACCUUUAUGUAACAAGGUAAAAUAAUAUCACAUAUUUAUUGAUGUAUUUAUUUUAUUGUGUGAUUUGUUUUUGUAACAAACCCCAAUUCACAAAGACUCACAGAGCUCAAAGAUUCAUACCAGAUGUUAAAAAGAGCCAGAUGUUUCUUGCCCCAUAUUCUCACUAGCUAUAGCUGGUUUAAAAGGGGAAUCUAAGCAUAAUUAGUUGGGUAAAUAAUAGCAUCAUCAUAUAUGAUUGUGUUCUUCCAGUUAAGCACAUUGAAUUGCUUCUGUGUAUGAAAUGAUCUAUACAAAUAAAGUUGCCUUGCCUA